GAGAAGCUGCUGCUGUUGUUCUGCAACUGGAGCACGCUGGGCGUGUGCGCCGCGCUCAAGCUGCCGCAGAUCUCCGCGGUGCUGGCGGCGCGCAGCGCGCGGGGCAUCAGCCUCCCGAGUUUACUUCUGGAGCUGGCGGGGUAAGGCCGGGGCGGCGGGGGCGGCUGCCCUCCCCGCUCGCCUCUGCGGCCUGGGCGGCCCGGGAGCUCAGGAGCGCGCCGUGGGUCUAAGUAGGGCCGGGGAGCGGGGCCGAAAGCGCCCGGCCGCUGGGGGGCACUUGCCGGGGCCGCUCGCCUCCCCUGUUUAUUUGCCGCUCCCCGCACGGACUGCGCGUGCCCAGCUUACAGAUGGGGGAAACCGACCCCUGGCCAGGCCCUCACCCCGCCCGUUAGCCGCAGCGCAACCGCGCGGCUUGGAACUAGGCCAUUUGCACCUGAGGCCCUCUGAUACACGUCCGCCCUGAGUUCCCCCUCCCCCCGCCGAUACCCCUUAGCUCGGGUCUCGGUUUCCUCGCGUGUAAAGCGAGGCGUUGAUCCUCCGCCUUUAGAAAGUUAACACCUGGGUUGGGAGGAUUCCGAGAAUGGGGGCUCUUUGGAGGAAGGGGAGAAAGACGAAUCGGGCCAGAGCCAGCCAGAGAGGAGCCAGUGCCGCUGGGAGAGCGCUUAUCCAUCAGAAAUUCGGAGUGGAUGCCUUGACUCAGUAUUUAAAGAUUUUCCUGGUGUUUCUCCGGUACCAGUGUUACUAUGAGUACCCGCUGCUGACCUACCUGGAGUAUCCCAUUCUCAUCGCACAAGACGUCCUCCUCCUGCUGUGUGCCUUCCAUUUCAACGGGAACGUGAAAGGAGCAGCCCCGUACAUGGCCGUGUAUCCUUUUCGUUGUCCAGGGAUCCGACGGGACUGGGGAGUCAGGUGCUUUUGCCAGAUCUGCGUUCUUGUGGUCAAACUGAAAAAGAUCCCCAAUGCGCAAUCUAAGUACUUUCAUCAGCGUGGCCAGCAAGUUUGCUCAGCUCCAGUACCUGUGGAAGACCAGGGACUCAGGCACCGUGAGCGCCCUCACCUGGAGCCUCGCUGCAUACACCUGUGCAACAAGAAUAAUAACAACGAUAAUGACCACCGGCGAUCUUACGAUUCUUACACGUUUCGUGAUCAUGCUUGCUUUAAACGUGUGGGUAACCACCACGGUCCUUCGCUACAGGAAGACGGCGGUAAAGGCUGAAUAACAGAUGCGCUGCCCCUCCACACGAAGUGGAUUCCUAAUAACUGAACCAAAGCUCACUGCUGAAUCAAGGUCUCUUAUAAGUUUACUCAAUUGCUUCAGAAACGCUGAAUUGAAGCCAGAUGUAUUUUGGACAGGAGCCACUUGAACACUUGUUGAGAAAUGUUGAUUUCCUUCCCACUCCUCCCCUUCGUGAGGCGGAGGCAGGUCUCGGACACCUGCAAGUCGAGCAGUCAAGACAAUGCUCUUCAGCUUUCAGAAUCUUCUAAGAAAUAAAUCUUCUCUAGAGCACAAAUGAUUAUGAACGGAGUGGGAUUUUACUCAGUCAGAAGUGAAAUUGUAGUAAAUUACCAGGGUCACUUUCUGGGGCGGCUUUUUUUUUUUUUUUUAAUUUUUUUUUCAACAUUUAUUUAUUUUUGGGACAGAGAGAGACAGAGCAUGAACGGGGGAGGGGCAGAGAGAGAGGGAGACACAGAAUCGGAAACAGGCUCCAGGCUCUGAGCCAUCAGCACAGAGCCCGACGCAGGGCUCGAACUCACGGACCGCGAGAUCGUGACCUGGCUGAAGUCGGACGCUUAACCGACUGCACCACCCAGGCGCCCCUGGGGCGGCUUUUUUAAUCUAGAUGUAACAGGAUGGCCUUGCUGUAUCACAAUACACGAUAAUGCCUCCUUAGGCUAUAGUAAGGGUAUCGAGGCAAGCAAAAUCGUAAUUGGCUCGAGUUUAUAUACCCAAGCACCGCUGUAACUUCAUAUAGUGCCUUUAAUUCCUAAGGAAAGGUCGAUUGGCUGCAGUCUCUACAGCAGUAGGAUGAGGCAGUCCCGAUGAACUUUCUGAUUCAAGCACAAUGCUGCCAUCUUUAAGAGUCACACCUUUGAAAAACAAAAAUGUCCACUGAAAGUAGAUGCAGUAAAAGGUAUUGCUGGGGUGCUGUCAACUUCUUACGGAUUUUAUUCUUGUUAUAUUCUAAACGUGAUGUUAGGAUUAUUGGACACUGCAUUUUACCAUAAAAGUUUAUAAACGCUAGAAUUUAAAAGCUCUUUCCCUUUAUAAUUGAAUGGCAUUGUUAUAUGUAAUAAGUAAAUGGUGUUUAUUAGAAAAUGUUUUAGUGUCCUAUGUAAGUUAAAUAAAUCAUUCUGUAGUUUUUAAAA